UUUAAAAAGGACUCUAUCGGCCACCAUAGUAAAGGGUAAAAAAAACAACAACAAAAACAGACAAAAAAAAAACAUAAGUGUAUAAGCAUAUGUGAAUAAGCCUCGUCAUACUUCAUAACACUGGUGGAUUAUUUAUGACAAGAACAAUGAUAUGCGUGUAAAAGUAUGAACGAUUUAAUAUUCAACAUCGCCCAGGAAAUGUGUUUCAUUUAUUUCUGUAUGAUAUGUGAUUGAAUUAUCAGGAAUGCAUUGGAACAAUAAAAGUAAUUGCUCGGAAAUGAGACGAGGUCCAUAAAAAUGGAGAAACGAAGUCAGGAAACAGUGUGAAUAAUCAUUUAAAGAAUCAGCAGAAUGGGUCCUUUUUAUUUCAAGAUGGCUGUCAUGUUUAUUUUUAUAUUAUUUACUCUAUCGGUAAUGCAGGCUUCGCAACGCCUCUGUCGAGUUGAAGAAAAACGUACACUUGUUUGUAACCACAUGCCAGAAAAUAUUCCGAAUGGAAUCUUAAAUGUCCGUGUUAAAAACUUAGGCAUGUCACAGAAAACAAUUAAUAGCACUAACUUUAAGUCAGAAAAUUGGAGGUAUAUUGAACGUUUAGAAUUAUCAGGUUGCAAAACCACAUGUGGAUUCGUACAUUUUGCAAACGGCACGUUUGUCAAUUUGGUGACACUCUCCGAGCUACACAUACAUUUACACGAUGUCUACCUGGAUUCCAAUGUAUUUGAUGGACAGCUAACUGUCAACUUACUAGAUGUAAGUGAUUGCCCACGAUUGACUUUUGACAAACUGUUCAAUAGUUUGAACGGGACAAAUAAGCUACCAGCGCUAAAACAUCUAAAAAUGAAGAAAAUAAAUUCGUAUCACUACGGACAAAAUAUAUUAGAUGCACGCGUUGGGAAAGUUUUACAAGCCAAAAACAUUAUCAGUUUGGAUCUUGGUUAUACAGAUAUUGCCUUAUUUGACUUCCACAUAUUUAAGUAUUUAGCAUACAUUGAAGUCAUGAACAUAUCCAGCGCUAACAUCAAUAACUUUGGGACACAUGAGGACAGAACACACGACUUUGCAAAUAUAACAUUGGACCUUAGUCAUGCGACAAUGCCUUUAAAAUCGAUACCACCUUAUGCUGUGUAUUCGGAUGUGACACUGAAUAUUUCAGUAUUUGAACCAUCUUAUUUUUUUGAGUUUGGCGUUUUAAAUAUAAGUUCAAUAAAGCCAACAUUUCCAAUUUCUUUUAAAAAUAUAACGUUAAUUGUCGAUAUACCUCCAAUGAAUUUUCCUGUAAAGCAUAUGAUAUUAAAAGACAUCAACAUUAAGUAUUUUGAUGUUCACUGCGUGUUCACAAAUAACAAUGCAACUGCAUAUAAAGAUGUCAAAGAACUUAACCUCGCAGAAAAUGGACUGCAAUAUGUAGAUCUUUCUUGUGCAUUCAGAGAUCUAAAAGCACUUGACAUGUCUUCCAAUCAGUUAGGUAAAAUGGCCAUUAGUAACAGAUCAGCUUUUGAAGAGAUUUUGCAUUCUCUUUACAAGUUACAAUUUGUAAGUUUAUCAAGAAAUGGCUUACAAAUGGUACCAAAGAACAUGUUCAAAAACAAUUUUGCUUUGAACAAAAUUGAUCUAUCUGGAAACCAAUUGACUCAAAUAACUUUUACAAUGGACAAUUUAGACAAUCUUGAAGUCUUAGAUUUACAUGACAAUAACAUAUAUUAUCUUGACACGGCAUCUCUCGGUCACUUAGAUUCAAUCCCAGUGAAUAAAAAACAGAAAAAGACUUGUGCAACAGUUCUUUUAAGAGAUAAUCCAUUAUCGUGUGCAGUAUGCGAUUACAAAUCUUCAAUAAGUUGGAUUUUGAAUUCGCUGCUUGUUAAUAUCUCAUCCCAAAAUUUAUACUGUACGAAGGAAGAUGGAAAACUGUCGAGAAUAGAUAAAGAUAUUGUACAUGUUAUCGAGAAUAUUUGUAAUCGAGUAGUCAUCAGCAUUGCUACUUGUGUCUCGCCUACAUGUCUUAUAAUUCUUGGCAUAGUAAUAGGACAAGUGUUAUACAAAUAUUAUAAGCGCUUGCGCAUGCGUAAGAAAAGGCAUGAAAUAAUUUGUUCACUACGUAACUCCAAAGAUCACAACAAAUACGCUGCUUUUUUUAUAGCACAAUGUGAAAAGGAAGGUUCGGGUGAACAAUAUGAAAAUAUUAUUGCUAUGUUGAAUGACAACCUGCUACGAAUAAUUGGACCUCGAUGUCACUAUGAUCCUAAAAAGCGUGGUCAACAAUUCCAACAAAACUGCGAAAAUCAACAGAAUUUAGAAAAUCAUUAUGAUCCUACCCAUGGUGCACUUGUUCAUCAUCCACAACAGGAUUUACAAAAUCAUCAUGGUCCUACCCAUGGUGCACUUGUUCAUCAUCCACAACAGGAUUUACAAAUCAUCAUGGUCCUACCCAUGGUGCACUUGUUCAUCAUCCACAACAGGAUUUACAAAAUCAUCAUGGUCCUACCCAUGGUGCACUUGUUCAUCAUCCACAACAGGAUUUACAAAAUCAUCAUGGUCCUACCCAUGGUGCACUUGUUCAUCAUCCACAACAGGAUUUACAAAAUCAUCAUGGUCCUACCCAUGGUGAACUUGUUCAUCAUCCACAACAGGAUUUACAAAAUCAUCAUGGUCCUACCCAUGGUGCACUUGUUCAUCAUCCACAACAGGAUUUACAAAAUCAUCAUGUCCUACCCAUGGUGAACUUGUUCAUCAUCCACAACAGGAUUUACAAAAUCAUCAUGGUCCUACCCAUGGUGCACUUGUUCAUCAUCCACAACAGGAUUUACAAAAUCAUCAUGGUCCUACCCAUGGUGCACUUGUUUAUCAUCCACAACAGGAUUUACAAAAUCAUCAUGGUCCUACCCAUGGUGUACUUGUUCAUCAUCCACAACAGGAUUUACAAAACCAUUCAU